GGCACUUCCGGGCGAUCGGCGCGACGCAUCGUCCCCGCACCGUUUCGCUUCAGCGGUACGUGACAGACUUCACAUCCAGUCUGGUUUUUGAAACAACGAGCGGUUUUACGCUUCUUUUGAGAGCAUGUGUACACAAACGAGGGCUGCGGCGCUCAUAGCCAAUAUUCCGCCAGUAGAAAUCGAUCCGGAUGGGGUCUUCAAAUACGUCCUGAUACGAGUUCACAGCAAGGAGGAGGGGGACGAUUCAAUGACGGAUAUUGUACGAGGAUUCGCUUGGGCUGAGUACCAUGCUGACAUCUAUGACAAGGUGUCGGAAGAGCUGGAAAAAGGAGGCCAUUUGGACUGUCAGUGUGUUGGAGGAGGAAGAAUCAGACAUGAAUUCAACGCCAAGAAGAUCCAUGUCUAUGGCUACUCAAUGGGAUUUGGAAGAGCGGACCAUGCUGUGUCAACAGAGAAACUGAAGGCCCACUAUCCCGAUUAUGAAGUGACCUGGAGUAACGAAGGAUACUGAUCUACACCUGCAUUUAUCAUCCUCGCCUUUCGAUAAGACUUUAACUGCCGCUGCAGUUUUCCCUGAGCCGUGGUGUGGCAGGCAGAUCAUAACGAUCUCAUCCCACUGGAACUAUUGGAACAACUGACGCCAAGUCAGAAGAAGAGGUUGUUACUGCUUGCCUCAUUAUCUAAACAUCACACUGUCAGACAGUGGCUAGACUAACGUUUUUUUUGUUUUUGUUUUUUUUUGUCUCAAAGUCAAGUGAAAUGAUGAGGAAAUGAGCACGCUAAACUUUGUUCAAAUGUAUUUUUACUUUAGGUUGAAUAAAUUUCACGAUGGAAUGUGCGCUUGCUCUAAUAUGAAAAAUCAUUUAUCAGGAAAUUGAGUUUGGAAAAUGGAAUAAAGAAAUUGUUUAAUCUCAUACAGAAAGGUACAGGCUUUAAUUUGUUAUUUUAUACAGAUGUCACGAAGGUGAAUUAAAAGACUUU